AUAAGUAUAUGUUUUGUUCGUUACGUUUAUUAUAAAAGCUUUUAAAAAUCUUAGAAAAAGUAGUAUUUUUAAUAUGUGAGAUUUUCUAAACAAUCAAUAAAAUAAUAAAAAAAAUGGAGGAGAAUAUGCCGAAAUUGAUAUCUUGUAAACCAUUAAAAAAUCAAUCUAAUGUCUUGAAUGAAAUAAAAAUAACCGAGGAAGAAUUCACGUUAGGCCGGGGUUUAAAAAGUUCUGUUGUUAUACCAUCUCUAUAUAUCUCCAGAAGCCACUGUUGUUUUAAAAAGCAACAACAUAAUUGGGUUAUUAUAGAUCAUAGUACCUGUGGUAUUGAAUUAAAUGGUAUAAAAAUGGGUAAAGGGGUGUCUCGGAAACUCUUGAGUAAUGAUAUAAUUAAACUGGAGCCUUCUCAGGAAUUUGUGUACAAGUUUCAUUGGAACAAUGAUUGCCCUCCAACAAAACGAAUUAAACUAGAACCAAAUGAUGAUGAUUUUAGUCUUAAUGAUGUUAAAAUCAAGUUUGAAGAAUCACAAAAUUGUGAAAUAAAACAUUUAGAAGACAAAAUACAUAAACAGAAACAAAUACAGAAAACAAAUGAACUCUUAAAAAAUCAAAUUCAUCAAUCAAUGAACCGAAAAAUGGAACAGCUAAACAAUGAUUUUGCAUUGCAAAUAGAAAAUUUGAAGGGAGAAAAAAUCGAAGUGGAAAAGCAAAAGUCUCUACUGCUUGCAGAACGAAAUGCCCAAGUUGCAGCUAUAAAGAAGGAAAUGGAUGAAAAAAUAAAAGAAUUAAUGGAACAAAUAAAAAAACACAAUGAAAUAGAAUCUGAAUUGGUAAUUGAAAAUAAUUCCUUAAAAGAGAAACUACUCAAGGAGAGGGAAGACUUUUUGUCUGAAUUAAGCAGAGAGAGUUCAUCAAAACAAGAUCUACUUGAAAAAUUAGAAGGUAAAAUGAAAGAACAAGAAGAACUACGCUUAAAAGAGAAGAUGGAAUUAGAACAAUUACUGCAAAAAGAAUUGGAACAACUGAGAUUGGCUAAGGAAAGGGAAUUGCAUGAACUAGCCGAACAGCAGAGGCAGAGAGAGUUAGAAUUAAUGGAAGAGCACAAUAAAAUCAAGGAAAAUCUUGAAAAACAAAUUGAGCUCACUGAAAAACAAAAACAACAAACUGAACAGCAACUGAGUAACCAAGUACAAGAAAUGAAGAAACUCUCUUAUGAAGACAAAUUGAAAAUGGAACAAUUGAUUCAAGAAAGAGAAGAAAUUCAGAAGCGUCUAUUGGCAGCUAAAGAAGAUGCAAAAAAAUCAGUUGAAGCUUUACAAAUUCGAGUAGAAGCCAGAGAAGUGCAGUUGGCUGCCCUUGCUGCGCAAAGAAUACAUCAGCAAUCUGAACAAUCUGGCGAAGUUAUAAAUUCUUUACAAGAACAACUAGAAAAGGUCAAAACUCAAUUACGAAAUGUGGAGUGUGAAAAGGAGAAGUUGUUGGAAAAUGCAUCAGAUACAACUAAACAAGAUGCUGGCUCAUCAAAACAAGUAACAUUAACUGAAGUUGGAGAAAUAAUGGAGAGUGAAUUGCAAUGCAGUAUAUGCGCAGAAUUAUUUGUAUCAGCGACGACGCUAAGCUGUUCUCACACAUUUUGUAAAUACUGUAUCACUACAUGGAAAAAGAAGAAGAAGGACUGUCCUAUCUGCAGAGCGCCAAUUACAUCGGAAUGUAGAAGCUUAGUAUUGGACUCGUUUAUUGAUAAAAUGGUACAAAAUCUCACAGAUGAAAUGAAAAAGAAACGUCAAGAUAUGUUGAAAAAUAGAGAAGAAGUGGAGCCUAAUCCUGUGCCUCAGCCCAGCCCAUUGAGCAGCCGAAGAAACUCGUUCGAAAGUGACUGGGAGGACAGCGACUCCGCGCUCGAGGAGGGGCCGGAGGAGGAAUACUACGACGACUUUUACUACGAGGACAACCCAGCUGACUUCGUCUAUCCCCUCAGAUUCAUCGUCGCAAUCCAUACCUACACCAGACGUACGUCCGAUUCAAAUAGUGGACCUGACAACAAUACCGAUCAUGCCAACGCUAAUGGUCUGAAUCCAAAUUGGGAAUCACCACUGGUACUACCACAGGAAAUAAUAGAAGUAGCAGACGAAGACGAGAGUAUGUACCGGGAGUCCCCGGCUCGUACUACGGAGGGUACGGCCACUGCUACAGAUGCGGAGCCAUCGGCCACUGGGCACCAGGCUGCCCCCGCGUAUAAUUAAGCUAUUAUAAUUAAAUAUAUGAUGAAUAAAUUGAUUAUUGCUUUCGUCAGAAAUGAAUGUAUGUUAUGUUGAAAAAACUAUAGCAUGUAUAGUUACGCUUAGCAUUUAAGAAAAAGUUAAAUAAAUAAAUUUCAACUUUA